AUUUACUCUCAAAAUUUUAAAAAUGGACCCUGAAGAAGCAAUCAACAUUGCGAAUGAUGACAAUUACGAUCACCCGGACAACGAAAUAGCCUAUGAGGAAUAUCCUCAGAUAGAGGAGAACCCAAAAACCCCGGAAAAAGAAGUGAGAAUUUACCAAGAGCAUAACGACUUCAUAAAGGAGUUCUCUUCCCAAGAAAUUGAGAAUACAAUUGAGAUAAAUAAUGAAAUUAAUGGCGAUCAUUCUUUGGAGUCCAUUCAAGAAGACAUUGCCCAUAACGACACUGAUUCCAUUCAAGAUGAAGUAAUAGGCUAUUUACAAAAUUUAAAUGAGAAAUCAACAUUUUCUAAAUUUGAGAAGACCCAGAAAAAGAUCAGAGAUAUUAGUUCAAGAUUCAGAGGAAUUCUUAACAAAAAUUCAGCAGAGAAACAGCCGGUUGCUUUGAAUUCUCUCUAUUCAGCCCAGAAAUAUACAGAAUCAGUUAGGAAAGAGCAAGGGAGUUGCUACAACAAGAAUAUAGAGAGAAUUAAAAAUUUAAGAAAUUCAACCAAAAAAAAACUUACACUCUGAGGCUCUUUCAGCACUUAUAAAAACAAGAUCUCUGAGAGGAAGAAAACCGAGAAUUCUAGUUUCAAGAAGCAGAUGUUAAUCAAACAAAUGAAUGAGGCAUUUAAGUCAACAAGAAAGUACAGCCAAAGUAAUUAUAAUCCUGAUUUUCACCGUCCUUGUAAACCUUCUCUAAAGGAGUACUGACGACCUGGGAUUAACAAGGAUGCUUUCACUAGCUCUAAAAGAAGCAACAGUGAACUCCAGUAUUCUAAAAUAUGGAAAAGUCAUACUCAGACAAAUUUUGGAAAAUUCCAAAAUCCUUGUAAUAUUGAGAGAAGGGUGGAAACAAAGCCACAAAGAUCAAAUUUAUUGAUAAAGAACAGGUUUUCUAAUUACUUGAGUACGAAAUAGAGCAGAAAGGUUUAUCCAACCCAGUCCAAUCACCUUAUCCUCAAUUGAAAGAAGGAAUACUUGUGAAGAAGUUGGGAAGAGGUUGUUCACUAUCGAAGAAAGGGCGGAUAUAUGCUGAACUCCUGAACUAAAGCAAUUGUCCACAGGUUAUACCAAGAACCCUAUCCUAGCCAAGGGCUCUGAGGGUAGGCUGAAGCACAAGUCUCCAUUACAAAGGAAUAAUAAUUGGUUCUAA